AUGCGCUGGUACUGCGUUCACCCAAAUCUACCGUUGCAGGCGGAGCUGCGUAUCCGCGUGGCGCCCGAUAGUAGUGCCCCCGUACGAGGUCGCAUCUCCCACGGUAGAGCUGUCACCACGGGAUCUUUAGUAGUCCAUGCUAGUGGAAACGAUGACGAUACUACUACCGACUCGUGGUUGCAAGUGGCGUACCUAGACGCGGUGUCCGGCGAGAUGAAAGAAGGUUUCAUGAUGGCGGCACUACCGAAUGGUAUGUCACUGGUUACACCUUGGGAAACAACGGACUACCGGGGCUGUUGUGAGGUGAUGGACCCGGUCACACUGAUGUUCGACGGACCUCAAGACGCGGCGCAGAGCUUAGGAGCAGUGCAGAGCGUCGAGUUUCUCUACUGUAUCAUGGAGGAAAGUAAAACGCGAAUUAGAAUAUUUCACCCAAAGCUGGAAAGCGUGUGGAUUAACAAGGAGAGCCUGGAGGUCGUAUGUACGAGGCUCGAGCACGAAGAGUGCAGCACUCCUCAUGCAUUUUACGAGAUGAAUGACAAGCUACCGGAGGAAGCGCAGAUUGCCGUGCGAGAAAAUCCGUCGAAGGAGGCGCAUGUGGUGGGUCUACUAAGUCGAGACGAGACGUUGGAGGUUACUAUGCGUAGUGGAAACUGGCUACAGAUUGUUGGUGGCAGCCUUGAUAAAGCGUGGAUUAUGUUCCGAACUGAUGCGAUGGAACUGCUUCAAAAAGCGCGUGACGUGUGUUCGAGCAAUUGCCGAAUGAUACAGAGGGAUGUUAAAGACAUGGUGGACGUUGGAAAUGCCGAUAAUCAGGCUUUUUGCGCAGAUAUACAUACGGCAAACUCUUAUUUGGUGAAGAAACAAGGCUCAACUACUAUAGUGUCCCAGGUUGACCAUGAACGUGACGCUACGCUGGAGGUAGUCGAUAUAGGGGAAAUGGGGAACGAGCAUGCCACUGUAACGGAGGAUGAUUUUUCAGGUAUGACGGUAAAUGUUGAUACUGCUGAACAUUCGCAGGCUUGGGAGGAUCGUCCGUUUUGUCCAGCGCAACCAGUGGCUGUGGACGAUGACAGUGCUACUGAUACUACAGCUUCACGUACUGAUGUUACCAAUGACGUUGGAAACACUUCUGCUUUGGGGUCUGCAUUAGAUACUAAUGCUAAAUUUGUGGAGCCGGCUCGUGCUGUUCAAGCAUCGGAUGAUCAUCCUACUCAUUCUGAAUCAUUCACACAUGGUGAGGCAGAUGCAGGUGCAGAUGCCGUUGAUGAUGCCGUUGAUGAUGUUGCUGCUGCUAAAAAUGUAGGCGUACACUUAAAUGAUACCAAUAUGGAGAAUGAACAAAUCGGAUAUACACGACGAAUCAAACCAGCGCGAGCAAUAUCGAAUGAAGUUGGAAAUAAUGACAGUAGUAUUGCUAUUAAUAGUUCAGACAUGGCCAGCAGCAAGAAGAACAAUAUGAAGAAGACCGAAAAUGUUGAACUUGAUCAGACCGUUGCUUCACAAGGUGAUCACCCGACUCGGCUACUUUUUAAAGCCCCUGAUGCCGUCGGUAAACCUGUCACAAAUGCUGUGCAUUCGAAGGCCACGAUGAUUAAUACUGAUGCUAACGACAGUAGUGCCGUAGGGCCUGACUUAUCGUGGGAUGAUCGACCAAUACGACCAGCGCGAAAGGGGCCAGCGGCAAGCAGCUGUAGUGUUGGUACUGGCACAUUUGCUAUAAGUGAAGAAAGGGACACUUUUACCAAUCCUGGAUCGCUGUCAUGGGAUGGCUCACUUCGGAUAACAGCAAAAUCGGAUGAUGAAAUUGGUAAUAUUAUUGAUGCUACGGCAUUCAGUUCUGCUGAUAUUGUGAGAUAUAACAUCGCGAAGGAGACCGCGGAACUUGUGCAAAAUGUUAAAUCGUGGGACAAUCUGUCGAUUCGGCCCGUCCAUCUAAAUUGUGAUGGGGUACCGGUGGGUAACGAAGACAUGACCACCGGCAAUGGGGCUAUCAAUUAUGCUGCUGUUGCAUCCUGUGAUGACACGUGCGCUACUGGAAAGAAAUUUGAGCUGUGGGGUGGCCGAUCAAUUAAUCCUGCGCGAGCUCAAUUUGAAAAAGUGGACACUAAUAUCAGCAGUACAGCUCAUGUUGAUAAAAGCAGCCCGGCUAUUAGAUUUAAUGCGAAAGACAGUGCUGUGGAGGAUUUAGGGCCCGUGCACAAUAAGCAGCCAGGGAAACCUGAUCGACCUGUUCAGCCAGCCCAAACUGUUUUCGACAGAACAGUCGGUAAUGUCGACAUAGUCGAUAGUUCUGAGACGUGUGUUAAUCUUCAUGUUGCAAAUUGCAAGAAAGAAGCUGCAAGGCCGUCGCCACGAAGUGAUACACCGGCCGAUUGCUCUUUACCAACGAUUCCAAACGAAGCUGACGACGAAAGUGUUAAUAGUGGCUGUGAUAACUUGUGCUUUCGACACACUUAUGUAGGGUACGACAAAAUUGAUUGCAAUGAUGACACUGAUUCCCUUGCCGGCGAAAAGGAAACAAAAAGCAAUGUUGUGGAGCCUAGUCCAGGGGACCAGCGAUCGAUUUGGCUAGAACAAACUAUGUGUGAUGCACCACCUGACGGUGAUGUUAAAAGGAAACGAAUUGGUGCUGCUAUAAUCGACGCAAAUAUUGCUAAUGUGCCUUCUGCAAACGAGAUCAAGAAAGAGUUGGAAGAGGGAAAUCACCGACGAAAUAGUGCAGCGCUGAAAGAUUGUUUUACUACUGGGGGCGCCGGCAGUGCUGCCGUUACUGAAAAUGUGCUUGCGGCAGCCAUAAGUGAAGGCGACAAUACACUUGCGGAGAAAAUUGACUUCAUAAACGUUAGACCGACUGUAAUGGAUGAGGUGGAAGAAGUGACACGGGUGCAGACUGCAACUUCUCAGGAUUAUCCUUCUGCGUUGGACGGUAAAGUGAUCGUCUUUUCUGGCGCUGGCAUUGAAACGGUGCAAGACCGAGACAAUUUACAGUCGACGACUCGCCUAAAUGUCUUCGAAAGACGCUAUGCUGAGUCGGAAACGACGUCCGGGAGUGAAAACGAUGAAAUUGCGCUUUUGGGGGGCUUGGAAGACGUGUUUGAUCCUGUGGAUGAGUGGCUUUCAGCUAUGCAGGAAGAGGAUAAUGAGGGAUUCAGGAACGGUUAUUCGGGUACCUUACCAGGAGCAAUAAGGAAAACAGAAACAUCGCGGAGUCGUGGCAAUGCCAUUAAUGGAGAGCAAGGCGAGCAGUCGGAUAGCAGUAAGGAGAGUAACAGCGCUUGUCAUUCCGCUGAGGAAAAGACCCAGACUAAAGUUGCUGUACAGCCCGCUGGUAUUUCACUCUUGCAGGCAUUUGGUAUUCGAAAGUACUGUAAACACAAACAAAACCUUAUCAUUUCGGCGGACGAGCUGUCCUUGGCAAUGUAUGAAGCGAGCCAAGACAACUCCGAUCUCAUAUUUCAAGCGCUUGUUGGAGACGACCCUCUUAGUGACGAUUGGUUCUAUGAUGUGUCGUUGCACAAUUUUCAGGCGGACAAACACUUGUCUUCAAAGGAUGUUGAUCUUCAGAGUGCUGCCCCUCGAUUGACGUUCGAUCUAAUCAUGAGUGGCGCUAGUCCAGAAGACAUAUUGGCGGCCGAACAGUCGGACGACGAUUGCGGAGACUUCGACCUGGUUAAUUUUUUCAAGUACCCAGUUCCCAGACGAAAAGUGAUCGGGCCGAGCAGACCACCUGCCCCCUUUGGACGCGUGACUAGUGCACCCGCUGGUAUUGAUACAAAAAUUGCUGGCGCCACAUUAAGAAGCAAGGUUGAAGCAAUAGGAAUUAGAAGCAGGGCUGAAGCAUUAGGUGCGUCUUACGCGUCUCGGCAAUCAUGCCUUCCAAGUUACCGCAUGUCGACUGAAACAUCCCAAGAACCCGACAUUACUGCUGUCACGUAUUCUAAGACUGCGCUUUCCAAGCAAUGCAUCAGCCAGCGAAAGAUACCUACACCGCGCUCAAGACUGCGACGGAAUUCUGUUAUGAAUCCAGUAGCUAUCAGUAAGUCACCUAGUUCUCUCGUGCGGCUUCGGUCGGUCAUGCAGCCUUUGCAUGGUGCAUCGCCUGGAAGUUCUGCCGACCCAGCCUCCUCUGACUUGGCUCCGCCAUUGGAGGCUUUGACAGCUUCCAUUUGUGCAACGUCAACUUCUAGUUUGGCGCCACCUUCGCAGUUUUUCUUCCAGCGGCAAGGUUUUGUAUCUACGCCGAGCUCUUCAAAGGCACUCAGCGCGCGAGGUUUGGCGAAAAAUAGCAUUACAAGCUCAAAGCCUACAGAAGUCAGUGGCUUGUCAGCACCGCGGAAGUCUUUUGGCUUUCGGCAUCCAUUAGGCUUAACUAGGAAGACGUAA